GGCGGUUCGGACCCAAGGCAGCGCGCAAUCUGUAAAAUCCCUGCCGCCUUGAGGGUGUAGGUGCUGUAGCAGCGUGGCCGGAGGAAGCCGGGACUUGGGGACCGCAGAGGGCGUGGCCCAGGCAAAGGGAAGCUCCUGGACGGACUAGUGUUGCCCUGCCCCAUGGACACCUCCUCUGGCCCAUGGAAUCCAGCCCCAGCGUCCAUCAGCAGCCCUCCCUUGCUGCUCCCCAUCCCGGCUAUCGUCUUCAUCGCUGUGGGCGUAUAUUUGCUGCUGCUGGGCUUAGUGCUGCUGACCAGGCACUGCCUGCUGGCUCAGGGCUGCUGCACAGACUGCAGCUCCCCAUGCAGGAAGCAGAGUGCCUCAGAGACCCAGGACUGUUGCUGGAGCUGCGCAGAAGCCUGCGACUUCCCCCUGCCCAGUCCAUCCCACUACCUGGAUGCCUGCUGCCCUCAUCCCAGCGAAGCUGGUUGGGCUCCUCGAUGUCCUCAAGGCUGCCCCUUGUGCGACUGUGCCUGCGCCUGCCAGCUUCCGGACUGCCAGAGCCUCAACUGCCUUUGUUUCGAGAUCAAGCUCAGAUGAAGGAUGGGAGUGGGGGGCUUGUUCUUUGGGGAGUGGCCAGCCCCUAGUGCCCCCUCUAAAAUGGCCCUCAGGACACUACUGCUAGGCCACUGGAAUCACAGCUGGCAGGUCCAGCCUAACCUGGGAGCCUUGAGUGCAGGGCCUGGUUCCCUGCAGGACAGAAGAGAGCCCUUGGACAGCUGAAUUCAGUUCCUUCUGAGGGCUGGAAGGAAAAGGGGCUGGGGCUGGUGUUCGGGCCAGUGCCCCUACCCCUCACCCCCUCCCUCCCUGGUAAACUAUAUUCGUGAAGGUGAGGAUGCAGGACGUCGCUCACCCAGGCAACCGUAUGAGAGGGCUCUGCCAACCUGGAAUAUCAAGAUAUAGGGAUAGCCAGUCGCAGCCAGUCUAUGGACUCUCACUUAUUUUAAGAGAUCCCAGACCGGAGACUGAUUUUUCUUCACCGCUGUUUUCAAGGAAGAGGUUCUUCUAAAGACCGGUGAGUGGGCAGGGGCACCUCCUCCCCUCCAGGCAAACCAAAGCUUCCUUUUUCU